GGCCGUGCACGCUGUCGCCUAGUCGCUUUUUCUCAAGGUGGCUCCUGACGUCUCCCUCGAGAUUGCACCGGGGACAGGGCCGGUUCCGCCGCCAGCUUGCCGCCGCAGUGACGUCCGGGUGGCAUACUGAGGUCAAAGGUCAGCUCAAGCACAGCAACACCCUUUAAACCCUCAGCGGAGGCCAGCCGCGCAGCGGCGGCUUGGCGCCCCGGAAGCGGAAGUGUGUUUUCUUCGCGAAGGGCUGGACCACGCUGAGUGAUGACGUCUCCUCAUUGGGCGGAAGGUUCGGUGGCAGUCGUCGGUGUUCCAGCUGGUGGGAGUUGGCUUCACGGUGCUGCUGGGCGCUGGGCCCCUGGUUUAUGAAGCUGGGAAGUUGGGCUGCGGGGUCGCCCCUGGCCUCCUGCUUCCAGUGUUUCCCGGGUUUCCGUCUGCGGCGUGGGGCCUCGCCAAGGACUCGCCGGCCCUGUGGGGCCACGGCUCGAGGGGUGCCCUUUUGCGAGUUCUCAUAAGUACAUCUUAAAGCCUUCAAGAUGGUUCUAGCAGAUCUUGGAAGAAAAAUAACGUCAGCAUUACGCUCAUUGAGCAAUGCCACCAUUAUCAAUGAAGAGGUAUUAAAUGCUAUGCUAAAAGAAGUAUGUACAGCAUUAUUGGAAGCAGAUGUUAAUAUUAAACUAGUGAAGCAACUGAGAGAAAAUGUUAAGUCUGCAAUUGAUCUUGAAGAGAUGGCAUCUGGUCUGAACAAAAGAAAAAUGAUUCAGCAUGCUGUAUUUAAAGAACUUGUAAAGCUUGUAGACCCUGGAGUUAAAGCAUGGACCCCGACUAAAGGAAAACAGAAUGUGAUCAUGUUCGUUGGCUUGCAAGGGAGUGGUAAGACGACUACAUGUUCAAAGUUAGCAUAUUAUUAUCAGAGAAAAGGUUGGAAGACCUGUUUGAUAUGUGCAGAUACAUUCAGAGCAGGCGCUUUUGACCAGCUAAAACAGAAUGCCACCAAAGCAAGAAUUCCAUUCUAUGGAAGCUACACAGAAAUGGAUCCUGUCAUCAUUGCAUCUGAGGGAGUGGAGAAGUUCAAAAAUGAAAAUUUUGAAAUCAUUAUUGUUGAUACAAGUGGUCGGCACAAACAAGAAGAUUCUUUGUUUGAAGAAAUGCUUCAAGUUUCUAAUGCUAUACAACCGGAUAACAUUGUUUAUGUGAUGGAUGCAUCCAUUGGACAGGCUUGUGAGGCCCAGGCGAAGGCUUUUAAAGAUAAAGUAGAUGUAGCUUCAGUAAUAGUGACCAAACUUGACGGCCAUGCGAAAGGAGGCGGCGCUCUGAGUGCAGUUGCUGCCACAAAAAGUCCAAUUAUUUUCAUUGGUACAGGGGAGCAUAUAGAUGACUUUGAGCCUUUCAAAACACAGCCUUUUAUCAGCAAACUUCUUGGUAUGGGUGACAUUGAAGGACUGAUAGACAAAGUCAACGAACUGAAGCUGGAUGACAACGAGGCGCUCAUAGAGAAGCUGAAGCAUGGUCAGUUUACAUUGCGAGACAUGUAUGAACAGUUUCAGAAUAUCAUGAAAAUGGGCCCAUUCAGUCAGAUCUUGGGGAUGAUUCCAGGCUUUGGAACAGAUUUUAUGAGCAAAGGAAAUGAACAGGAGUCAAUGGCCAGGCUAAAGAAGCUGAUGACCAUAAUGGACAGUAUGAAUGAUCAAGAACUGGACAGUACAGACGGUGCCAAGGUUUUUAGUAAGCAACCAGGCAGGAUCCAGAGAGUUGCCCGAGGGUCAGGGGUAUCCACAAGAGAUGUUCAAGAACUUCUGACUCAGUACACCAAGUUUGCGCAGAUGGUCAAGAAGAUGGGAGGUAUCAAAGGACUUUUCAAAGGGGGUGAUAUGUCUAAGAAUGUGAGUCAGUCACAGAUGGCAAAAUUGAAUCAACAAAUGGCCAAAAUGAUGGAUCCACGAGUUCUUCAUCACAUGGUGUGUGACUUUCUUGGAGAGAAGAUUGCAUCUGUUUUGGGCAUCAGCACCCCAAAAUACCAAUAUGCCAUUGAUGAGUAUUACCGGAUGAAGAAGGAGGAGGAGGAGGAGGAGGAAGAAAAUAGGAUGUCUGAAGAAGCAGAAAGACAGUACCAGCAAAACAAGAUGCAGGCUGACUGCACUGUACAGACAGAUCAACCGGAAACAGCGGUGGCCAGCUCGUUUGUGAAUAUCAACUUUGAAAUGGAGGAGGGCUGUGAAGGACUGGAGAGCAAACAGCAGGCAGCCUCUGUCCCGCCGUAGAACCAAAGGACUGUCUAGAAAGUGCUACCCUAAAGGUCAAUCAGGAACUCUUGACAUCUUGUUUAGUGGGGCUUAAAACAACUAUUUAUAUUUUAAAUUAUUAGGGGAAAAUCCUUCUUCGUUCUUAUGCUGUCUAUCACAGUCAGAUCUGAAGUUGGGAUGUUUUUAUUAUGAGUUCAAUUAGCGCCCUCCCCUCCUCACCGGGCUUCUUUCACAUACACUGACCAGUGCUAAGCCCAGUGCUUUGGUAAGACAUCAUUUAGCAUGGCAUGAUAACACACACCUUUAAUCCUAGCACAGAGAGGCAGGGGCUGGUGGUUCUGUGUGAGUUCAAGGCCCACCUGGUCAACAUAACAUAAUGAGCUCCAGCCUAGCCCGUGAGACCCGUCUCAAAAAAACCAAAAAAUAAAGGUGUUCCACAUUAAAAGGGGAGUUAAUUUGUUCCUUGAGAUUUUUGGUUUUGGGACAUUUGUUUAAAAAAAAAGGGUAAGUAUUGACUAAUUGUCUUUGGAGCUAAUAAUCCUAACAGCCUCAGACUGAAGUACCCUACAUUGCCUCAUGCAAUGCCUGCCUCGCAUUUAACAUACCUGCCCAUUAAUUCCACACUAGGAUGGCUCAGAGUGUGCAAUAAAAGGAGCAAGAUGGAGGCACUAUGGAUUUCCUUUGUUGAGACGAUUUUAUGGGAAGUGUUGAAUGUACUACUCUGAAUCUUAGAUGGGUUUUUACUUUUACCACAAGCCACUCUUGCAUUUUUCAGUAGUUACUAACUUGCUCUGGUCACAAAGUAGCACUAGUUGCCGAGUGAAUUUGUAGUUCCGUCAGGUGUUGGUCCCUCGUGACUCCCCACGUGGCUGGCACCUUGGGUGUGUCACACUCAGCCCUCUCUGCAUCAGGCAGGGUAGCUGGGGAUGAACUGCUCACAGUCUACUUUUGUUCACCGUUUGAAGUCACGGUAGAAAGCUGGACAGUUGAAGUGAACCAGGUUUGACCCUCUCUCUCCUCACUAGGUUAUUCCUUUACAAAGUUGUGUAAUAUGAAGCGAAUUUUGAGAAAUAGUCCUACAGACGUGUUAAGAACCUUUUAUAUGUAUAACUGAUUUAUAACCAGAUGUGGAUAAAGAGAAACGUGGACAAUGUUUUAGAUGCUGAUCUUUUAAAAGCCUUCUCAUAGCUUUUAGAAAUGAACACUUAUAAACUGGCCUUCUAAGUAGCAUGGGGUUUUCCGUCUUCAGUGUGUACGUUUCAAACAUGGAUAGGUGAGCAUAAUUGUAGAUACUUGCCAGUGGACCUCUCAGUAAGUUCAACGUCAAGCUGGAUUUUUAACUGAAUAUUCAAAGUUUGAGUCAGUUUCAGUUGGACUGAAAUUUGUAAGGCUCAGCAAGUAUGGAGUCUUCCUUGGAGUCGUGAGCUAGCUCCCUUCAUGGGUGCAAACGAUGUGGCUUAGUUCUUAGAGGUUUAUCUUUAGAUUGCGUAAUUAAUGACACUAUCAGUUAGUUUCCCAAACCAGUCUUAGUUGAUAGUUGCUGAAACAUGCUGGCCUGACCUCUGCCUCUUGGCUUGUUUUUAACAAACUUUGAGACGGUGCCACCCCCUCAGACCCUAACUUGUUAGGAGGUGAAGGCAGGUGGUCUUGAGGCAUCUCUCCCGACACGCUGCACCCCAGAGUUUACGCCACAGCCUCUGGUUACAUUAGGAGGGAAGGACCUGCAAAGCCCUGCGGUGGCCCAGUUUGCUUCCUGCUUGUCGGGCAGUGGCGGGUUGUGUGCUGAGUUAUGACUCACUGUGCCUUACGUUUGUGCUUUGGUUUAUGCAGCUAUAAAAUGAUCAUAAACGGGGUAAAUGGUUCAUCUUCUGCCUGUCUCACCUCUUCCUACGCUCCAGUCCCCAGCAGAAUUAUUGUCCCCUCUGCAUCACGGUCCACGACGUUCUACUUUCUUCUCAUCUCCAUAAAAACUGAACACAGGCAGGAGUGGUGGUGCAUGUCGGUACUCCCAGCACCAGGGAGGCUGAGGUGGGGUCAUGAGUUGGAGGCUGGCCUAGACUACAGAUCAAGACCCUUAUAUUUCAACAACAAAAAACCCAUAAACACAUGAGUUAGUAUAAGGAAUUAGUAAUUCUCUAACAAAAACCUUUAAUAAAAGCUACAGUUUUGUAAAUGUAACUUGAUAAUGGUUAAUAAAAUUAGACAAAAUUUCA